UCCAAUUAACGGCUACUACUUAGCUUGAAACUGUUCUUCCAGCCCUGCCUCACACUAAAACCUUGUUUUCUGGCGUUAAUGGAGAAGCCCGAUCCGUCUUCCGACGAAGACGACGAUCGAGAGAAUCUGAUCCACCAGAAUGAGAUCAACAACUCUCCUUCCCCUCGCUCCGCCGUCUUCAACGUCGGCGAUGGCCUCGAUUUUCGUUCUGGCUCCCCCCGGCGUCGUUUCUCGUUCAGAAAGAGGUAUCUCUUGGCCAUUUUUCUUCCUCUCUUCCUUGUACUCGUCUAUUUCUCUACCGAUAUUACGAGUCUUUUCUCCGGGGAGCUCUCUUCGUCGUUCAGAGUUUUUGAUUCUCUCGGUCUUCGAAUGAGAGAAUCUGAACUGCACGCAUUGUUUUUGUUGAAGCAGCAGCGGUUAGGUCUUUUGUCAAUUUGGAAUCAUUCUUUUAGUUCUCUCCCCAAUUCCACGUCUGAGGACCUCAAAUUAUCGUUACUUAGGCAGAUUUCGCUGAAUACGGAGAUCCAAAACGCUCUUUUAUCACCACAUCAGUCUGGGAACUCAUCGAAUGAAGUAGGCGUUGAAGAGCUCGAUUUUGUUGGUUCUGAUUUCGAUAGGUGUAGGAAGGUGGACCAGGAGUUGUCCCGUAGACGGACCAUAGAAUGGAAUCCGAAACCGAAUAAGUUUUUGUUUGCCAUUUGCGCAUCAGGACAGAUGUCGAACCAUUUGAUUUGCUUGGAAAAACACAUGUUCUUUGCGGCCAUUCUUAAUCGAUUUUUGGUUAUUCCUAGUUCCAAAGUCGAUUAUCAGUAUAGUAGGGUGUUGGAUGUAGAUCACGUCAAUAAUUGCUUGGGUAGGAAGGUUGUCGUCUCUUUUGAAGAAUUUUCCGAGAUUCAGAAGAAACGGUUGCAGAUCGAUAAGUUUUUCUGUUAUUUUUCAAAACCUGAUCACUGUUAUUUGGACGAGGACCAUGUUAAGCAGUUAAACAAUAUAGGGGUUUCCACGGGUAAACUCGAGUCUCCUUGGGAUGAGGAUAUUAAGAAUCCCAGUAAAAAAACAGUUCAAGAUAUCGAGUCCAAGUUCUCUUCCGAUGCUGAUGUUAUUGCCAUUGGAGAUGUUUUUUAUGCUAAUGUAGAGAAUGACUGGUUUGGGCAACCAGGGGGUCCUAUUGCUCACAAAUGCAAGACCCUAAUUGAACCAAGCCAUCUUAUUAUGGUCACUGCCCAGCGUUUCAUUCAGACUUUCUUGGGGAACGAUUUCACAGCUAUUCACUUUCGACGACAUGGAUUUCUGAAGUUCUGUAAUGCAAAACGGCCAAGUUGCUUUUACCCUAUUCCUCAAGCUGCAGACUGCAUUGCAAGUGUAGCUGAACGGUCCAAUUCACCCGUCAUUUAUCUUUCCACAGACGCAGCAGACAGCGAAACUGGAUUGCUGCAGUCCCUUGUUGUGGUGAAUGGAAAGCCCAUACCACUGGUUAAACGACCGCCUCGAAAUUCAGCUGAGAAAUGGGAUGCUUUACUUUACAGACAUGAAAUUGAGGGAGAUUCUCAGGUGGAAGCCAUGCUGGAUAAGACCAUCUGUGCAAUGUCGAAAGUGUUCAUUGGAACAUCUGGUUCCACUUUUACUGAAGACAUUUUGCGUUUAAGAAAGGACUGGCGAUCAGCAUCUCUAUGUGAUGAAUAUCUCUGUCGAGGUCAGGACCCAAACUUUAUUGCAGAAAAUGAAUGACCAAAAAA